UCCUGCUAAUUCAUUAAUAUUUGAGGUUCAUAACAUUAAUCAAUAUAUGUCUUGUAUUUCUAUAAAAAUAAUAUUAAAAUAACGUAAUAACAGUAGUUGUUAUAUAGCACAAAUUAUUGCAUAACAAGUGCUAAUAAAUAGAAAGAGCAAUAAGCAAAGGGUUCUCAGAAUCUUCAAGAAAUGGGAAUCUUUGUACGAUCGAUUCUGGAAAUUUCGGAUUCUUCGAAAGAGGCGGAGGCAAUAGCGACCAAUGUGUCUUCUCAAGCGCAUCAUGUGUCCAGAACGAAACGGGGAAAAGCAAUCAGCUCCGUUGGAGGAUUUCGCGGAUGCACAAUUUGGAUGACGGGGCUUUCCGGUGCCGGAAAGACUUCCAUUUCUUUUCAGCUUGAGGAAUAUCUCGUUUCUCAGGGAAUUCCUACGUACAGUUUGGACGGUGAUAAUAUGCGCACCGGUUUAAAUCGUAAUCUCGGCUUCAGCAAGGAGGAUCGCAAGGAGAACGUGCGUCGCGUCGCCGAAGUUGCGAGGCUCUUCGCGGACGCCGGCAUCAUUACCCUCUGCAGCUUUGUAUCACCUUUCGCGGCGGAUCGAAAAAUGGCACGAGAAAUUCACGAAAAUGCCAAUCUGCCUUUUUUCGAGGUAUUCAUCAACGCGUCCCUCCAAGUCUGCGAGGCCCGCGACGUCAAAGGACUCUAUAAGAAAGCGCGUCAAGGUAUCAUUAAGGGUUUCACCGGUAUCGAUCAAAGUUAUGACGUACCCACCGAGCCUGACCUCGUUGUCGACACGGAGAACGCGACUAUUGAACAAUCCACCGACAUCGUCAUCAACUUUCUCCAACUCAAACAAAUUGUACCAAAGGCAUGUUUACUCAAGCAAUUUCCUUUUCUGGAGUUAUUCGUGGAAGAGGAUAGAUUGGAUGACGUCCGGAAGGAAAUGAAAACUCUUCCGACUUUGAAAAUUGGAAAAGUAGACGUGCAAUGGCUGCAAGUUCUCGCUGAGGGAUGGGCGGCGCCUUUGAAGGGAUUCAUGAGGGAGAACGAGUAUCUUCAAGUGCAGCAUUUCAAUUGUCUGUACGAGAACGGUGUUACCAUCAAUCAAUCGAUCCCCAUUGUUCUCGCCGUAAGUACCGUCGACAAAAGUACCGUCGACAAAGAGCGCUGCUUCGAUGCGACUGCGCUCGUCCUCAGGUACCAGGACAAAGAUCUCGCCGUCUUACGCAAUCCGGAAUUUUAUCUUCACCGCAAGGAGGAACGUUGCUGCCGUCAAUUCGGCACGUAUGAUCCCAGACAUCCCUACGUCAGAUUGAUCCGUGACUCCGGCGACUGGUUGGUCGGCGGUGAUUUGGAAGUGCUCGAAAGGAUUAGGUGGGACGAUGGGCUGGAUCACUACAGGCUAACGCCAAACGAGAUCAAGAUUAAGUGUCGGGAGAUUGGCGCCGACGUAGUUUUUGCUUUCCAACUGCGAAAUCCGAUACACAACGGACACGCAUUACUGAUGCAGGAUACUAGGAGACGUCUCGUGGAAUCCGGCUUCAAGAAACCAGUCCUUCUUCUUCAUCCUUUAGGCGGGUGGACCAAAGACGAUGAUGUCCCUCUAUCGGUUAGAAUACAGCAGCACCAGGCCGUUCUCGAAGAAGGCGUCUUGCACGAGGAUACCAUUCUCGCUAUCUUCCCUAGCCCCAUGUGUUACGCUGGUCCCACGGAGGUGCAGUGGCAUGCCAAAGCUCGUAUGAUCGCAGGAGCAAAUUUCUACAUUGUCGGACGAGAUCCUGCUGGCAUCCCUCAUCCCGACAAGUCCGCCACACCAGACAGUAAUCUCUACGAUGCCACUCAUGGCGCGCGCGUCCUUUCAAUGGCCCCGGGUUUACAGAAUCUCGAAAUUAUUCCUUUCAGGGUAGCUGCUUACGACACCAAAGCGAACAAAAUGUCUUUCUUCGAAGUCGAACGGCAACAGGACUUCAUCUUUAUUUCCGGUACCAAAAUGCGCAAUUUUGCAAAAAAUAGUGAAGAUCCUCCCGAAGGUUUUAUGGCACCGAAAGCAUGGAAAAUUGUCGCGAAAUAUUUCCGAACUACUCACACGUAAUCAAUAAGCGAGUUGACGAAAUAAAUAAUAUUUAUUACAUGUAUAAUAUAAUAUAACAUUACUGAUUCUAAUAUUGUACAAAACAGUUAAAAAGUUCAAUAUAAUGGGCAAUACAUGUAUAAUAAAGUAAAAUAAAUACGUAGGUAAGUUACGGAGCAUAGAGCAAAAAUAAUGGAAAACAAUGGA